AUGCAACAAGCUUUUCUAGAUGAAUACUAUUCUAUGGCAAAGACCGAUGAUGCUCGUGAUGAAAUUAGGUCUUUUCGCCAAUUAUCGGGCGAACCGUUGCAUGAAGCCUUCACGAGAUUUAGGGAGUUGAUGCGAAAGUGCCCACAUCACCAAAUACAAAAGUGGGAAUUGGUGAAAUGCUUUGUACGUGGUUUGGAUGACACGACAUGGAAUCGUCUCGAGUCAACUAGUAAUGGAACCUUAUUCAGCAAUCAUGAAGAUGACGAUUGGGAGUUCCUUGAAAGGAUGAGUAAGAGGUCAAAAGCGAAAGAGUCGGCUGAUCGGGCCAAAAAGCACCCCACCUCAAGGUCUUGGCCCGACUGUGAUUCGAGUUCUAAGGAUCGAAUUGAAACAUUAGAGCGGGAGUUGGCUCGCAUGAAGAAAAGGGAAGUGAAUGCGAUGCAAUACGCCGUAUGUGAAGAAUGCGGAGACAUCCGUCAUCGGACCGAGAAUUGUCAAGCCACCGUAGAGGUAAAUCAAGUGUAUGGGGACCGAAGGCAAUAUGAUAUGAACUCCAACACUUACCACCCCGGGUUGAGGAACCAUCCUAACUUUAGGUAUGGUAAUGCCUCCAACCAAAUGAACCCGAAUUUCCAAUCGGGAAAUCAAGGUGGGUAUUCGCAUCAAAAUUGCCAAAGAGGUUACAAUCAAGAUGGUCACGGGUCGAUGAAUAAUCAAGGAGGUGGUGGUGAUUUGAGUGCCAAAAUGGAUGCAAUGCUUUCAAUGAUGCAAGAGUCCAAGAAAGAGAAUGAGAUUCGGGACAAAUCACAUGAAGCAUUGGCAAAGCAAGUAGGCCAACUCGCGGAGGAAGUGGCUCAAAUGAGAGGAAACAUUGGAAAGCUUCCAAGUGACACUACGAUGAACCCAAAGCAUCAAAGUUCAAGCACAGGCAAUGUGAGGAAUGUGCACAUCAGCGCGGUAAGUCUUCUUUCAAAUGAUGAGCUUAAAGAUCGGUGCCCACCAAAGGAUGAGAGGUGGGAAAUCUUUAAACAAGCAAAAAUUAAUUUGUCGUUGCUUGAUGACAUUAAAAAAGUUCCGGCUCAUGUGGAAUGUUUGAAAGAGUUGAGCAUUGAAAAACGGCACAACAAAUUACCCAAAUCGGUUGAUUUGAUUUCUCAUGUUAGUGCCGUUUUAUCAAGUGCGCUCCCCCAAAAAGCUCAAGAUCCGGGAGAUCCUCUUAUUCCAAUUCAAAUUGGAACAUUUAAAAUUGAGAGGGCGCUCCUAGAUCUUGGAGCUUGUGUGAGCAUCUUGCCCGGGAGUUUGUAUGACCAAUAUGAUUUUGGUCUAUUAAAAAAAUUUGAUACUCCCGUGGUAUUGGCCGAUCAGACUCCCACGCAUCCAAGGGGGAUGGUUGAGGAUGUGAUUGUUAAGGUAGAUGAUUGCUACUACCCAGUUGACUUUUUAGUAGUAGACUAUGUUGGGUGUGUUGAGGACACCCAACCGGUAGUCAUACUGGGUAGACCGUUCCUGGCAACUGCUAACGCCAUAAUAAAUUGUGCAACGGGAACGGUAAGCAUAAAGUUUGGGGACCGGAAAUUAAAUUUAAAUGUUUUUCCAAGUUUUACUAACCCACUCGAUGAGGGUAAGUGUCCUAAAAAGGACAUGAAUCCAAACAAAAAGGUAUGUGCUAUGGUUGGUAGGUUUGGAGAAACAAAGAAGAAGACGGUCAAGAAGAAGAAGGCAAAUAAGUCGCCUCAAGAAAAGAAGAAGGAAGAGGAGGUGAUGAAGUUUGGACCGUUUGGCAACAAAUGGUAUGAAUCACCGGUGGGUGAUUUUGAGGAGUUUGUGGGCGGCCAGCACGCCAUUCGACCACCAUGA